AUGCUCAGGAAGUUGAGGGAUAUGGAGGGAGAGCUCCAUGGCUGCAGCGAGAUCCUGAGGCUCCAGGCUGAUCAUCUGGAUCUCAAGGACAGACAGAAGGAGAGACUUGUCAGGGAGCUGGAGGCAGCUAAAGUGAAAAUAAAGAAACUGGAGGAAAAUGCUGAAGCAGCAAGAUUAGCACAUAUGGAAUAUAAAUACAUUAUAGAAAUCAUGCAGUUAAGAAUUCAAGAACUUGAAGGUGCUUUGAAUGAAGAGCAAGGCAGCAGGAGAGAAGCUGUUUCAGUGGUAGCAAAGAAAGGUUUCGAAGAGACAGAAAAUGCACAUGAGAGAGGAAAAGAAGUGUAAGUUUCCUUCUGAAGCCAUUGUAAAAUGGCAGUAGACAG